CUGUAACACGGAUGAAGAAGAAACGCGGAAGCGUCAUGUUUCCUCCUGCUGGCGAUAGCUAAAGCUACGUUGGUGUCAUCGUCUUAUCGGUUUGGGGUUUGACAACAGAAACAACAACCUUAUUUCGUGUCCAGCCACGAAUACCUAUUUCCACUGGGGUCUCUGGAGAGAUGAACAACAACGGGAAUAAGAGAGCUCCAACUACAGCCACUCAGCGACUUAAACAGGAUUACCUCAGGAUAAAGAAAGACCCUGUGCCUUACAUCUGUGCAGAACCUCUCCCCUCCAACAUCCUAGAAUGGCACUAUGUAGUCAGAGGUCCUGAGAAAACUCCAUAUGAAGGUGGAUAUUAUCAUGGAAAACUUAUAUUUCCUCGAGAGUUUCCUUUUAAACCGCCAAGUAUCUAUAUGAUAACACCAAAUGGGAGAUUUAAGUGCAACACAAGGUUAUGUUUGUCCAUCACAGAUUUUCAUCCGGAUACAUGGAACCCUGCGUGGUCCGUCUCUACCAUCCUCACAGGUUUGCUCAGCUUCAUGGUGGAAAAAGGACCCACCCUAGGCAGCAUCGAGACCUCUGACUACACGAAAAGACAGCUGUCAGCCCAAAGUCUGGCCUUCAACCUCAAAGACAAAGUGUUCUGCGACCUGUUUCCUGAUGUAGUCGAUGAGAUGAAGCAGAAGCAAAAGGCGCAGGAGGAAUUAAGCGCCCGCACUCAGCCCCUCCCCUUACCCGAUGUGGUGCCUGACGGCGACCCUCAACACGCCCACUAUGGCCUCCCAGCCCUCAACGGAGGUCCUGUCCCCCUGGGGCGAGCCAACCCCGCCCCGGGCCUGCAGCAGGCCAACCGCAACCAUGGACUUCUAGGAGGGGCUCUUGCCAAUUUGUUUGUGAUUGUAGGCUUUGCGGCGUUUGCCUACACGGUCAAGUACGUGCUGAGGAGCAUAGCCCAGGAGUGAGAGGAGCCGGUGUGGUAGGGCAACGCUCCCACCCCCACCCCCCGGUGAGCCAGCUAGUGGACUCCACAUUCUACAAAUACACUACGUGGGGGAGGGAUGUUCAGUCCUGGGUUAAACCCCUCCACGACCACCACCACACCUACUACCACCAUGGACUUUGGAAGGCAGAAACUCAAAGACCGCCCACCCACGAAGGACUGAGAGGAGGAGACGGGGGAGGUGGGGUGGUGGACGGGAGUGGAUGUAGGGCUGGGGGAUUGGAGGGGUUUAUUAAAACUGUUGUUAUCCAAUCUUCAGUGGUUUUUAUCAGUUAUAGGAGCAAACUUGGCUCAUGGGUUGUGAAAAAGUACAGAACUGUGGGCUGCAAAACGGUCAUAGUUUGUUGCCCCAUACUGAUGGGCCUGUCGCACCGUAAAUCUGCUUUACCGAGGACAAAUAAUCAGCAGCAUUGUUCUCCUGUAAUAACCUUACUCAUGCGUUUCCAUGAGAGAGCUUCAGGGCAUCAGGUUUCAUAAUCUGCAACGGCCAAUCAAAAACCAGUUUUGCUCUUGAAUUUCCCGUCCCAGGUGGCAGUCAGUGUUGAGCAAUUUGCAUAUGUCAGAAUGUCUGGGUCGAGGAGAUUGUUUUUCCACAUGAAAUACAGCACUUACCACGCAGAUUAUAGACGUCACAAAACAGAAAAGAUCACGUGAACCAUUUGAAUAGAAGGUAAGUGUCCAGGCCUUUUUUUUUUAAUAGGUGCCAAGAAUACAUCUUUGUAUUUUUAGCACAAGCUGAAUCUCAUAGGAAAACGCUCCAAAUCAUUUAAAGUUUAUCGCGAUUGAUGGCCUGUGUAAGAUCAGAGAGCUCUUUGGUAAUCAGUGUCAAAAGAUAAGCCAAUGUACAACAGCAAUACACAAAAGGUGAAAAUUAGUACACGACCAUGUGGCACAAAUUACUGCUUUCUCUCAUCGGUAGGGUCUGUUUUCUGCAUCAGUGCAUGCAACUGAUGAUGCUACAUAAGUAGUCUGCCUUCAACAGAGUACUGAUGGGUGUAUUAAUAUCUGUUUUUCUUCUUACAUAUGAAUAAAAAUGCAAAUUAGGUAUAUCAGUCUCCGAAACAGAGUCUGAUCUGAGUCCAGAUGUUCUCUCCAGUCAACUCAUGAGCCAAGCAAUGUCUGCACAGAAGUAAACGGAGACCAGUACCUUUUUUUUUUUUAAAUUGGCUUAGCUGACCAGUAUAGCUCCAGUCUAUAUAGGUCGAAAUAAGGACACACAUGACGAGAACCAACAUUUUGUUUCUGUAUAUUACAUUUUCUUUUUGAUAAUUUUUUUUCUUUUGUGUUUUUUGUUCUCUUUAUUUAUAGAAACAGCCGGCUUGGCUGCCAUGGUUCUAAGGAAAAGUCUGUUGUUUGCUUAACAGGGCAGUACAGUCGACCAUGGGGACAGCCCCGGCUCACAUAAUUGCAGAUGAUUUACUGUUGUGCAUUGCAUUUAGUAAAGUUGGUUCUACUGUGUAUCUAAUGUUUCAACGGAAAAACGGUCUGAAAGCAGAAGAUUCUCCUGUCUAUUGCUCUUCUUUUCUUGACACCAUCUUAAAAAAACAAACUGAUGAUGAUGGGAGUGUGUUUCUGUGAUUAUACAGCAAAUGCCCAAAUCUCCAUGCUUCAGUUAAUCUUGUGUGACAUUGUAUGUUUUCAUAGUAAAUGCAAAUAAACUACCCUGCUUAGCAGGCCCUUUAAUAAAA